AUGUCCCUCUCAAAAGCCGAAUCCGACAUAAUCCUCAACCGGGCGAACGUAGCCCUAUCCCGCAGCCAACGUCUCGUAGCCUCAUGGCUCCCCGAACCAACAUCCUCAGAACUACAAACCAAGUCCGAAGAAGAGCUACAGAAAGAAGAAGAUGAGAUCUUCACCGCCGUGCCGGAGACCCUCGGCAUCGGAGCACCACUCCCCCAAAAGGCCGCGGACGGAAGCUGGAACCGCUCAGAGCUGGACUCGAACGAUAAACUGCGCAAACAGCUACUUGGCAAAAACUACGAUCGCAUUAUGAAAGCUGCUGCGGAGCAGAAAGCUGCGGCUGCGGCUGCUAGGGCUAAGCCUGUUGCUAGUCAGGUGCAAGAGGGCGGUGAUGAGGUGGAGGAUGAUGAGGAAGAUGGAAGGGCGGCUAUGCUUGCUAGACAGAAGAAUAAGAGGAAGAGUGCUGUGCAUCCUGCUGCUGUGGCUGCGGAGGCUAAGGACGAUGCUGAAGGGGAGGAGGGGGCUAGACAGUCUGGGAGGGCGAAGGGGAGGAAGAAGGCGACGAGUUAUCUUGAUGAGCUUUUGGCGGAGAGGGCGAAGAAGAGGAAGAAGAGAUGA